GUGCUCCGAUAAAUCCGGUACAGAGCCUGCUCAAACACGUCCAACCUCCUCCAUGUAACUCAUCAGAAAUGGCUUCCAACGAUAAUCAUGUCCUUUUAUUUCUCUCCUUCUCCUUUCUCUCUCUCCUCCAAAUCAACUCAUGCAUGGCCCAAAACGUCAAAGGAGGCUAUUGGUUUCCGGAUAGCGGCAUCAACGCCUCCGACAUCGAUUCGACCCUCUUCACUCAUCUCUUCUGCGCGUUCGCCGACCUCGAUGCAUCGACAAACCAGGUAGUCAUAUCGCGGUCCAAGGCUCGGUCUUUCGCGGCCUUCACUAGCGACGUCCAGCAGAAAAACCCGUCGGUCGUGACCCUCCUGUCCAUUGGCGGCGGGGGUAACGGCUCGAUCGCGGACGACUUUGCAUCCAUCGCAAGCCAGCCGAGCUCCCGGAAGACUUUCAUCAAUUCCUCCAUAGCCCUAGCUCGGUCCAACGGCUUCCAUGGCCUCGAUCUUGAUUGGCAAUACCCGGAAACCGACGAGAAGAUGGCCAAUUUGGGGUUUCUCCUCCAUGAGUGGCGGGCUGCGGUGGUGGCUGAGUCGGCCAGCUCGGGCAAGGAUGCUUUGCUUCUCUCGGCGGCAGUUUAUUACACGCCGCAUAUGUCGAGCACAGAUUAUCCGGUGGCCACCAUGGCGGCGAGCUUGGAUUGGAUCAAUGCGAUGGCCUAUGAUUUCUAUGGAAAUUGGUCCUCCACCACAGGACCACUUGCUGCUCUCUACAAUCCAGGGAACAACGUAAGCGGAGACGACGGGGUGAGCGCGUGGAUUCAGGCCAACAUGCCGGCAGAGAAGAUUGUGCUCGGCUUCCCCUUCUUCGGGCGCGCAUUCACCCUCACAGAUGCCAAAAACCAUGGCUACUUCGCACCCUUCACCGGGGUGGCGAUAUCCCCUGACGGGUCGAUCAAGUACAACUGGAUCACAACGUACAUAUCCCAAAACAGCGUGACCACGGUGCACGACUCCAAGUUCGGGUCCGCCUAUUGCUAUUCUGGGACGACGUGGAUCAGCUACGAUGAUACACAAACCAUCUCUACCAAGGUUGCCUACGCCAGGGAAAGGGGACUCAAAGGUUACUAUGCAUGGCAUGUUGCCGGUGACGACAACUGGAUUCUCUCUCAAACAGCUCGGGAGGCCAGUGAAGAUCAGCAACACAAGCGAUGGUUCAGGCGAUGGUUCUGGCUAGUUAUGCUUAUUUCGAUUGCCAUUGUCAUUCUCUUUAUAUUUGGCCUGAUAUACUACUUACGGAGGAGAACGUUGCAAUCAGAAGGUAUUUUGGGUGUAAUAAAAGGAUUUAAUAGAAGAUUUAAGGCUAUGGUGCAUAAAGUUGAAAGUCCUGAGAGCAGUGCUUCUAAUCUCCAAACAUUUCGCUAUGCCACACUCAGGGCAGCAACUAAUAACUUCUCAAGUGAAAAUAAGCUUGGAGAGGGUGGAUUUGGACCUGUUUACAAGGGCAAGUUGCCCACAGGACAGGACAUUGCAGUAAAGAGACUUUCGAAAACUUCGAACCAAGGGCUCGAGGAGUUCAAGAACGAAGUUGUGCUCACUGCCGGCCUGCAACAUGUGAACCUUGCUCGCCUUCUAGGAUUUUGUACCGAUAGGGAAGAAAAGAUGCUGAUCUAUGAGUACAUGCCAAAUGGGAGCUUGGACUUCUACCUUUUUGAUCCCACAAGGAAAUAUUUGCUGGAUUGGGAAAAACGCGUUCAAAUCAUAGAAGGCAUCACACAGGGGCUUCUUUAUCUCCAAGAAUACUCGAAUUUCACAAUAAUACACCGAGACUUGAAAGCCAGCAACGUUCUUCUGGAUAAAGAUAUGAAACCCAAGAUAUCAGAUUUUGGUAUGGCGAGAAUAUUCAGGAAAGGUGACCUUGAGGCAAACACCGGCCGAAUUGUUGGGACUCUGUAA